GGCCUCUUCAAGGUUGGAUCUAAGGUCCUCAUACGUGUAUCUGCAUAAUUAAAUGGGUACCUACAGUAGGUACCUAAGAACCUAAAAGAUUGAAUGAGUUGCAUGAUUAUGUACAUGCUAGGUUAGAGGUAGCUAUAAACUUACCUCAUAGAUACGUUCAGGCAAGUUACGUAACCUUGAAUAAAAGCCAGAUUCUUCCGUAAUCCUUCCAUUUAAUGUGCCUAUCGGGCAUCGACCUUCUAGGGUAAUCUUCAACUCUGAGAAUCUUUUAUCACGAAGCGAUGACAGGCCCGUCAGAGGCGGUGGGAAAGCAACCCGAUAAAACAAAAGUAGGAAAUACGGCGGACGAAAAUGCGGAAGAAAAUGCGGAAGAUGAGUUGAUAGUUCCCGAAAGGUUUUCGCCGGAAGAAGAAGCCAAUCUUUUAGGGGAAUCCAACGAAAAAAAAUCCGAAGCAAACGCAUUAUUCGCUUCAGGCAGAUACGAAAGUGCAAUUACGAAAUAUGAAGAGGCAGCGUCUGUCUGUCCACACUACUUCGACUACGAGCUUGCCGUCAUAAAGUCUAAUCUCGCUGCGUGUUAUCUGAAACUAGAGCAAUGGAAGGAAGCUAUCAAACCCGCCACCGAGUCCAUUGAUGGCCUGGAUCGUCUAGAAAAAGCAGAAGCUAAGCAGAAAGAGAGCGAAGAAAAGCAAAAAAAUGCAAGCGCCGAAGACGACGAAGUUGAAGAGGAGAUCGUCAGCUCCGGCGCCCAAAAAAGUGCCCCGGCCGCAAAAGAGGAGGACUCUGCCGAAGCUGCAAGACAGAAGCGGCACAAUGAUAUCCUUAGGAUAAGAGCAAAAGCCUUGAUGAGGCGAGCUAGGGCGAGGAGUGAGCUUGGCGGUUGGUCAAAUCUAGCUGGUGCCGAAGAGGACUACAAGCUAUUAUCGGCUAUGACAAACCUCAGCGCCGCAGACAGGAAGAUUGUUCAGACGCAAUUACUAAUUCUCCCCUCAAGAACAAAGGCGGCACAAGAAAAGGAGAUGGCAGAGAUGUGGGGAAAAUUGAAAGAUCUUGGGAACGGAAUAUUGAAGCCAUUUGGUCUCAGCACGGAAAAUUUCAAAAUGGUAAAAGAUGAGAAGACCGGUGGUUACAGCAUGAACUUCUCCCAGAAUGGCGCAAACUAAGAGAGAGAGAGAGAGAGAGAGAGAGUAUGGAGUAGUCCGGUGUCAUUAAUUGCCGUAAUACUAAUGCUAUUAAACUAAGCGUAGGAAACCGAUUUUAUAUUCGAAAGCUGUCAGCAACGGCGUUAAAGCGCGAAAGUAUCCCCUGCAUAUCGUGUUAAGCUAUAUCUCCAUUUCUUUUCAUCCUUUGGCGGCUUCGUCUCCAUUACGCUAAUCGGUUUCCAUUUUCUCUUACGAAACCAACACGAUCAUCGCCAGAUUACAUACUACUUGUCUAUUGAGACAUAGAUUGAAGAGGGUAAUAUAUGUCACGAUGAAUCUGUGACCAACAAUGCGCACGUUCAGUGUUAUUAAUAAGCUGGGUUUUAUUUCGCCCUUUGGACCCCAUCCUAUCUCGUUUGCGGCGUAGUGUUCUUCACUCACAAACUACCUGCAAGGAGUUUGGAGCCCGGUCAUAUACAUAAAUAGUAUAAAAGACCAAUAGGAAGUCUUAGGUUAGAUCGACG